AUGGAGACCUUAAACAAUACCUUUACCAAUGCCUCAAACUCUCUCUGGGGUGAGGUCCAUCCCACCCAGACCCCAGACAACCCGCUUGCUGCACAGCAUGGCGACGAGCCUCUCUCCGGCAUUCAAGGCAAGGGAACUGCUACUGAUCCCUAUGAUGCUGGAAACCGCGACGAACAACCUGGCGCCCCUACCACAAGAGAAAACACAGCCGUGAUCCCCGAAGCAUUGGCAUCGAUUGAUGUUGACCACGCCCGCAACCCCAAGUCUCCCAGCAACGCGGACUUUGGCCCCAAGAACGUCUUCAUCGACGAACCUUCCCGGACACAGAAGAUGAACUACCCCACGGGAAACACCACCACCUCGGGUGCCAAGCAAUGGCAGUCCCAGAGCGGCGGUCUCCCGGAGCAGCGCACCCAGCGUUCCACUUACGGUCAAGGGAGCCCUGUCUACUCGGACCAGGAAGGAGCGUAUCCUCAGAAGAGCAGAGAUCUUGCUGGAACCUCCUCGGCUACUAGUGGUGCGUAUGCCUACUCGGGCCAGGGAGCACAGGAUACCCUUGCUGUUCGAGACCCCGCGUCCAAGGACCAGGGACUCAAGGCAGAGUCAAGCCCCAGUAGUGGACGGGUCGUUCAGAGCAUGCCUGAUAACGCGGGUACUGGGUCUUUGCAGAAGGAAAGGGAUUCCGUUGGUCCAGUGAUGACUGCAGGAGUCACUGGCAAGGGUGCCAAGAGCAACAUCGACAGUGCAGGUGCCGGCUCUUUGCAAAAAGAAAAGGAAUAUGCCAGCCCAAUCGUGGCCGAAGGAACCACCAGCCAACCGGGAAAAGAAAAGAAAUCUCUCAGCCCAAGGACAGCCGAAGGCGCUGUCGACAAGCAGGGAGCGGUGGGCACGAUUGACAGUGCCCCGACACUCCCACAAGGCAAGGAGUCCGCAAGCAAAUCAAUCCCCGAUGGAGCCAACGGCGUAGCUUCCAAGAGCCCAAUGGAUGACAAGGAGGCUCAACUUCAGCAGAAAGCAAAGUCACCCACAGAGAAGACAGCAGCAGAGAAGCCAUCGAUGGACAAAUCCACCACCUCCGGAGGCAUCGUCGACUCGACCCAAAAAGGCAGCAAAGAAGAAACCACCGACGGCACAAUGGAUUCCAAGUCUCCAGAGCAAAAAGGCAAAGACACCGCCAGCGCGGACGACAACGCUACUAAAGAAGUCGCCCGGAACAACAAAGUCAGCGAGGAAGCCCUCCGCGGUCCCAAGACUCCCGCUCCAAGGGAACCAUACGAAUUUGAGAAGCGCUUGGAUCAGCGCCGAGUGAGUCGCUCGAAGCAAGGCACCGACGCCGGCAAAACCUCCGACGAAGGCGCCCAAAACAAAGGCAAAGAAAGCUCGAGCUCGAGCUCUCAUAGCCAUAACCCCAUGACCACAUUGAAGGAGAAGGUGUCCAAGGUCUUGCAUCACAACAGCAGCAACAAGUCAUGA